AUGUCGGGAACGAAGGUCUGUAUUGCGUGUGUUGAGGAAAACAAACUGUGUGAAUGUCACCACGAAAACCCGGUUAAAGAGUUGGGUUUGAGUCAUGAGGCGUCUGAGAAUAGUUCUGUUCUUCAUUCGGUUAUCAACAUGGUUGGUAUGCUCAUUGGACUAGGCCAACUAUCAAUGCCAUACGCCGUGGAAAGUGGCGGUUGGAUCUCAAUCUUCCUCCUAAUAUCCCUCGGAGUUCUCACCACUUACACCUCCCACAUCCUCGGAAACUGUCUCCGCCGCAACCCCAAGUCCAAAUCCUACUCCGACAUCGGCUACUCCGCCUUCGGCCGCCACGGCCACCUCCUCGCCUCACUCUUCAUCUACCUCGAAAUCUUCAUGGCUUUAGUCUCUUACACCAUCUCCCUCCACGACAACAUCGCUGCAGCUUUUCCCGCCACAUUCACCAACCUCCACAACGGUUCUUUCCCCGCGGCGAAGCUGACGGCGGUGGCCGUGGCGAUCGCUUUGCCGAGUCUGUGGAUAAGGAAUUUGUCCUCGAUCUCGUUUCUUUCUUCCGGUGGGAUUCUUAUGUCAGCGGUUAUAUUUAUGUCGGUGGUUUACACGGCCGUGUUUGGAGGCGUUCUUGACGAUGGGAGGAUUCCGGUGCUCCGGUUAAGGAAUAUUCCGACGGUUUCGGGAGUUUAUUUGUUCGGGUUCGGUGGACACAUCGUAUUUCCUAAUCUGUAUACUUCCAUGAAAGAUCCCUCCAAAUUUACAAAGGUAUCGAUCGUAAGCUUUGCUACGGUGACGGCUCUGUACACGGCAUUAGCAAUCACAGGAGCGAAGAUGUUCGGACCAAACAUAAAUCCCCAAGUUACCCUCAGUCUUCCAAAACACCUACUUGUAACCAAGAUCGCUCUUUGGGCCACUGUACUUACCCCAAUGACCAAAUACGCUCUAGAGUUCGCUCCUUUAGCCAUCCAGCUUGAACGCAGCCUUCCUUUGACCAUGUCCGAUCGCACCAAGCUCGUGACUCGUGGUCUUGUGGGAUCCACUCUGCUACUAGUAAUUCUCGCGUUGGCUUUAACCGUGCCUUAUUUCGGUUAUGUUUUGAGCCUCACGGGCUCCUUGGUUAGCGUCACCAUCGCCGUUAUAUUACCAUGUGCUUUCUACGUGAAGAUAUGCAGGGACGGGAUGUCGAAGUUCACAAGAGCCGCGAAUGUUGUGUUUGUUGUUUUUGGUUGCGUUCUUGGAGUUUUGGGAUCGUUUGAUUCGUCCAAGUUGCUUGUGAAUAAGCUCGUUCGCGUUCAUGGAAAUUGA